AUGAAGGAGAACUACUGUUUACAUGCUAUCCUGGUCUGCCUGGGAAUGAUGGCUAAUAGUCAGGCAUUCUCAACUGAGAAAUUGAAUCAUUUAAGGCCUCUGCAUGGCCACCAUGAAAAAGGAAAGGAAGGUCAGGUUCUUCAACGUUCCAAAAGAGGCUGGGUCUGGAAUCAGUUUUUUGUAAUUGAGGAGUACACUGGACCGGAUCCUGUAUUAGUUGGCAGGCUUCAUUCUGAUAUUGAUUCUGGUGAUGGGAACAUUAAAUACAUUCUCUCAGGUGAAGGGGCAGGAACCAUUUUUGUUAUUGAUGACAAAUCAGGGAACAUUCAUGCAACCAAGACACUGGACCGAGAAGAGAGAGCCCAGUAUACACUGAUGGCACAAGCUGUGGACAGGGACACCAAUCGACCACUGGAGCCACCCUCAGAAUUCAUUGUCAAAGUUCAGGAUAUCAAUGACAACCCUCCUGAAUUCUUACAUGAGAAUUACCAUGCCAAUGUGCCAGAGCGGUCCAAUGUGGGUACAUCUGUUAUCCAGGUAACAGCUUCAGAUGCCGAUGAUCCUACCUAUGGAAACAGUGCUAAACUGGUUUAUAGCAUUCUGGAAGGCCAACCCUAUUUUUCUGUUGAAGCACAAACAGGUAUAAUCAGAACAGCGCUUCCCAAUAUGGACAGAGAAGCCAAGGAAGAAUAUCAUGUUGUAAUACAAGCCAAGGAUAUGGGCGGACACAUGGGCGGACUCUCAGGGACAACCAAAGUGACAAUUACACUUACUGAUGUCAAUGACAACCCACCAAAGUUUCCACAGAGUGUAUACCAGAUGUCUGUGUCAGAAGCAGCUGUGCCAGGAGAAGAAGUAGGAAGAUUGAAAGCCAAAGACCCAGACAUUGGAGAGAAUGGCUUAGUAACCUAUAACAUCAUUGAUGGGGAUGGCAUGGAGCUGUUUGAAAUCACAACAGAUUAUGAAACACAGGAGGGUGUGGUGAAACUUAAGAAGCCUGUAGAUUUUGAAACCAAAAAAGCUUACAGUCUAAAAGUAGAGGCUGCAAAUGUUCACAUAGACCCCAAAUUCAUCAGCAAUGGACCAUUCAAGGACACGGUUACAGUAAAGAUUUCAGUGGAAGAUGCUGAUGAGCCGCCAAUGUUUUUAGCACCCAGUUACAUUCAUGAAGUCCAAGAAAAUGCAGCUGCUGGUACCAUUGUUGGUAGAGUCCAUGCCAAAGACCCUGAUGCUGCCGGCAGUCCCAUCAGAUAUACAAUUGAUCGGCACACCGACCUCGAUAGAUAUUUCAAUAUUGGUCAAGAAGAUGGUUUUAUUAAAACCACAAAACCUCUGGAUAGGGAGGAAACAGCCUGGCUCAACAUUUCUGUCCUUGCAACUGAAUUCCACAAUCGACACCAAGAAGCUAAAGUUCCAGUUGCCAUUAGAGUUAUUGAUGUCAAUGAUAAUGCUCCCAAAUUUGCAGCCCCAUAUGAAGGCUUUAUUUGUGAGAGUGACCAGACAAAACCUGUUUCCAAUCAGCCAAUAGUUUCCAUUAGUGCUGAUGAUAAGGAUGAUACAGCUAACGGACCAAGAUUUCUCUUCACCUUACCCCCUGAAAUUGUCCAUAACCCAAACUUUACAGUCCGAGACAAUAGAGACAACACUGCUGGUAUUUAUGUUAAACGUGGUGGUUUCAGCCGGCAGAAGCAAGACCUAUACCUGCUUCCAAUCGUGAUCAGCGAUGGGGGGAUACCUCCCAUGAGCAGCACCAAUACUCUGACAAUCAAGGUGUGCGGAUGUGAUGUGAAUGGAGCGCUGUUGUCCUGCAAUGCUGAAGCCUAUGUCCUCAAUGCAGGACUCAGCACUGGGGCUUUAGUCGCGAUAUUAGCCUGCAUCGUGAUUUUGCUGGUUAUUGUCGUGUUAUUUGUGACCUUGAGAAGGCAAAAGAAAGAACCCCUCAUCGUCUUUGAAGAAGAAGAUGUGAGAGAGAAUAUCAUUACCUAUGAUGAUGAAGGUGGUGGGGAAGAAGAUACAGAGGCCUUUGAUAUUGCAACCCUCCAAAAUCCGGAUGGGAUUAACGGAUUUAUCCCUCGAAAAGAUAUCAAGCCAGAGUAUCAGUAUAUGCCCAGACCUGGGCUUCGACCAGCCCCUAAUAGUGUUGAUGUUGACGAUUUCAUCAACACAAGGAUACAGGAGGCUGACAAUGACCCGACAGCUCCCCCUUAUGACUCUAUCCAGAUCUAUGGCUAUGAAGGACGGGGCUCAGUGGCUGGCUCUCUCAGCUCCUUAGAGUCGGCCACGACAGAUUCCGAUUUGGACUACGAUUAUCUACAAAACUGGGGACCUCGUUUUAAGAAACUAGCAGACUUGUAUGGUUCCAAAGACACUUUUGAUGAUGAUUCUUAA